UGUUUGCAUGUUGAUAUCAGAGGAGGGAGGAGAGAGAUCUAGCUCUGGAAGUGGAGUAUGUAGUGUACGAGGAAUCCACGGUGGCUAACUGUAGUUAGCCAUUUCGACAAACCUUUGUUUUUUGGGCAUGCAGGGAUAAAUACCAAAAUAGUUAUGUAGUGCAUGGGAGGAGAAGAACUGAUCGUAGAAGGUUUUUAAACUAUUCAUCACGCAAGCUAUUUUGGAGAACGCCAUUCUUACCCUGUCAAUUUGCCUACGACAGUGAGGCAGUCACGAAAUCCAUGUAAUUUGAGAGUUUCUAAAGUUGGAUUUUAAAUACUGCGGACUGUUUUAGAAACACAUUUUUGAAAUUGAAGCAAAGCACUUCGGAGCGCCCAAAAAGAGAAGGGGAGGGGGUCAAAGAAAACGCCCUGUUGCUGAAUCUUCUAAAAAUGCUAACUUAAUCGCCGUGUGGAUCAUAGAGAACAUUCAUAUUGAAUAUGGUACCAUACGUUUUUAUCUUGAUUUGCGUUUAACGAAAUCUCCUAACUAAUUGGCAAGUUUGAGGAGCGGCGCUUCUCCCUUCACGGUGGAUUAUUUUUUUCCCCUUCAUUGUGGACACUAAUUCCGAAGCGAUUUCAGAGUGCAGCGAGUCGGAGGCUGCUAGUCCCACGGCGAUUGCCCAAGAACAAAAAUAUUUUUUCUCAUGUAAACCCAAAGAGUUCUCAUAAGGCUCGUCUUAUAUGUAAACGAAACGGGCAUUAAUCAAUCGCAAAGAUGUCGCUUGGUGCAGAGAGACGGAUGGAAAACCGGUUGAAAAAGCUGGAGGCCAUGAUUAAAGAUCCAAGGUCUGCGAUAAACUUAGAAAGUUUACUGGAUUCUAUCAAUGCCUUCGUACUAGAUCUGGACUACCCUGCCCUACGGAAAAACAAAAACGUAGAAACCUUUUUAAACAGAUAUGAGAAGGUGAUGGGGCACAUACGGGAGUUUCAGAUGAAGUCUGAGGACUUUGACAGGGUGAAGGUGAUCGGCAGAGGGGCGUUUGGCGAGGUUCAGCUGGUUCGACACAAAGCCUCUCAGAAGGUGUAUGCCAUGAAGUUGCUGAGCAAGUUUGAGAUGAUCAAACGAUCUGACUCUGCCUUCUUCUGGGAGGAGAGGGAUAUUAUGGCCUUCGCCAACAGUCCCUGGGUCGUACAAUUGUGCUGUGCCUUCCAAGACGACCGCUACCUGUACAUGGUGAUGGAGUACAUGCCUGGAGGGGACCUGGUGAACCUCACCAGUACCUACGAUGUGCCUGAGAAAUGGGCCCGGUUCUACACGGCCGAGGUGGUCAUGGCGCUGGAUGCCAUCCACUCCCUGGGCUUCAUCCACCGUGACGUCAAGCCUGACAACAUGCUCCUGGACUGCCACGGACACCUCAAACUGGCCGACUUCGGAACCUGCAUGAAGAUGGACUCGACUGGCAUGGUGCACUGUGACACAGCGGUUGGCACUCCAGACUACAUCUCUCCUGAGGUUCUGAAGUCGCAGGGUGGAGAUGGUUACUACGGACGGGAGUGUGACUGGUGGUCUGUAGGUGUCUUCAUCUUCGAGAUGCUAGUCGGUGACACACCGUUCUAUGCCGACUCCCUUGUUGGAACCUACAGCAAGAUAAUGGACCACAAGAAUUCCCUCAACUUUCCAGAUGACGUAGAGAUCUCCAAAGACGCCAAAAACCUAAUCUGUGCCUUCUUGACAGACAGGGAUGUACGACUGGGCCGCAACGGAGUGGAGGAGAUCAAACGACAUCCCUUUUUCAAGAAUGACCAAUGGAACUUUGACAGCAUUAGAAACACGGCCGCUCCUGUGGUUCCAGAAUUGAGCAGUGACAUUGACACCAGUAACUUUGAUGAGAUAGAAGAUGACAAGGGUGACGUGGAGACCUUCCCUACUCCUAAGGCCUUUGUGGGCAACCAGCUUCCCUUCGUCGGUUUCACAUACUUCAAGGAGGACCAGUUACUAAGCGGUGUGAAUAACUCAACAGUUGUGACUGUGAACUCAGCAGCCUUGAAAGGAGAGGAUAUUGUGAUGUCAGCCAAGCUGCAGAAGAAACUCCACCAGCUGGAAGAGCAGCUCAAUAAUGAGAUGCAGACCAAAGAUGAGCUGGAGCACAAGUGCAGAACUGCCACCAGUCGUCUAGAGAAAAUCUCCAAAGAACUUGAUGAAGAGAUGAGUAGUAGGAAGGCUCUGGAGUCGAGUCUGAGGCAGCUGGAGAGAGAGAAGGCUCUACUGCAGCACAAGACUGUGGAGAGCCAUCGCAAGGCAGAGAGCGAGGCAGACAGGAAACGCAGCCUGGAGAACGAGGUCAACAGCCUACGAGACCAGCUGGACGAAAUGAAGAAAAGAAAUCAGAACUCGCACAUAUCCAAUGAGAAGAACAUUCACUUACAAAGACAGCUGGACGAGGCCAAUGCUCUGUUGCGUGCGGAGCAAGAGGCAGCCACAAGGCUGAGGAAGGCCCAGACGGAGACCGGCAAGCAGCUGCAAGCUCUGGAGGCUGGGGGCAGAGAGCUGCAGGACAAGUGCUGCCUGCUGGAGCGCUCCAAGCUCACCCUGGAGAAGGAGUUCAUCGGGCUGCAGGCAGCACUGGAGGCUGAGAGGAGAGAACACAGCCAGGGCUCUGAGACCAUCGCAGACAUGCAGGGGCGAAUCUCAGGGCUGGAGGAUGAGGUUUGGCAGGUGAGACAGAUCCUGUCCAAAGCAGAGACAGAGAAGAGACAACUACAGGAGAAACUCACCGAUCUGGAGAAGGAGAAGAACAACAAGGAGAUAGACAUGACGUACAAGCUGAAGGUGUUGCAACAGGGACUGGAGCAGGAGGAGGCAUCACACAAAGCCACCAAGGCACGGCUUGCGGACAAGAGCAAGAUUGAGUCGAUCGAAGGCGCCAAGUCUGAGGCCAUGAAGGGUAAGAUCGUUCCUGAGUUCUCAGAUAUGGAGCAGAAGCUGCAGGAGGAGAGGGCGUCCAAGCUGCGUGUGGAGAACAGGAUGUUGGAGCUGGAGAAACAUAGCAGCAUGUUGGACUGUGACUACAAGCAGUCCCUGCAGAAACUAGACGAGCUCCGCAGGCACAAGGAGAGGCUCACCGAGGAGGUGAAGAACCUGACCCUGAAGAUUGAGCAGGAGACCCAGAAGCGCAGUCUUACCCAGAACGACCUGAAGGCCCAGAACCAGCAGCUAAAUGCCCUGAAGACCUCUGAGAAGCAGCUGAAACAGGAGGCCAACCACCUGCUGGAAAUCAAACGCAGCCUGGAGAAACAGAACCAGGAGCUACGCAAAGAAAGGCAGGACUCGGAUGGCCAAAUGAAGGAACUUCAGGACCAGCUAGAGGCUGAGCAGUAUUUUUCGACGCUGUAUAAGACCCAGGUGCGGGAGUUGAAGGAGGAAUGCGAAGAGAAGAGCAAGCUCUACAAGGACAUGCAGCAAUCACUUCAGGAGUUACAAGAGGAGAGGGACUCCCUGGCGGCGCAGCUGGAGAUCACACUGACCAAGGCAGACUCGGAGCAGCUGGCUCGCUCCAUCGCUGAGGAGCAGUACUCAGACCUGGAGAAGGAGAAGAUCAUGAAGGAGCUGGAGCUCAAGGAGAUGAUGGCCCGACACAAGCAGGAGCUGGGCGAGAAGGACAUCACCAUCGGCUCGCUGGAGGAGGCCAACCGAACCCUCACCAGCGAUGUGGCUAACCUAGCCAAUGAGAAGGAGGAGCUCAACAACAAACUCAAGGAGACGCUUGAAGAGCUGCAGACGUCCAAGGAUGACGAGCAGCAGAUGAGCCAAAUGAAGCUCGCGUUUGAGAAGCAGCUCCAGUCAGAGAGAACACUAAAGACCCAGGCUGUGAACAAGCUGGCGGAGAUCAUGAACAGGAAGGAGGUACGUGCGGCAGGCAGUCGGCGCGGCAACGACACUGACGUGCGCAGGAAGGAGAAGGAGAACAGGAAGCUGCAGCUGGAGCUGAAAUCGGAGAAGGAGAAACUCAACUCCACCAUCAUCAAGUACCAGAGAGAGAUCAACGACAUGCAGGCGCAAAUAGCAGAUGAGAGUCAGGUACGCAUCGAGCUGCAGAUGGCCCUGGACAGUAAGGAUAGUGACAUAGAGCAGCUACGUAACCUCCUGAGCUCCGCCAACGUUUCCUCCCUGGAAUCAGCCAGCAUCAGCAGUGGGCCAGACUUUGAUGCGGACGAUGCCUACACAGAAAUGAGAUUAGAGGGAUGGCUCUCACUGCCUGUGAGGAACAACACCAAGAAGUUUGGAUGGGAGAGAAAGUAUGUGGUUGUGAGCAGCAAGAAGAUUCUGUUCUAUAACAGCGAACAGGACAAAGAGCUAUCCAACCCCUACAUGGUGCUGGAUAUCGAUAAACUCUUCCACGUGCGGCCUGUCACUCAAACGGAUGUUUACCGUGCUGAUGCCAAAGAGAUCCCCAGGAUAUUCCAGAUUCUGUAUGCCAACGAGGGAGAGUGUAAGAAGGAGCCUGAGUUCCCAGUGGAGCUGGCCAGCGGAGAGAAGUCCAGCUACAUCUGCCACAAGGGCCACGAGUUCAUCCCCACGCUCUACCACUUCCCCACCAACUGUGAGGCGUGCACCAAGCCCCUGUGGAACAUGUUUAAGCCUCCUCCCGCCCUGGAGUGCAGGCGCUGCCACAUCAAGUGCCACAAGGACCACAUGGACAAAAAGGAGGAGAUCAUCGCGCCCUGCAAAGUGAACUAUGACGUAUCCAUGGCCAAGAACCUGCUGCUGCUGGCUGUGUCGCAGGAGGAGCAGCAGGAGUGGGUGGGACGACUGAUCAAGAAGAUCCCAAAGAAGCCGCCUGCCCCUGAGCACUUUGCCCGCUCCUCACCCCGUGCUACCAUGAAGGUCCAGCCCAGCCAGUCCAUGAGGCGGCCCAGCAGACAGCUGCCCCCCAGCAAGAGCAGUUAACCUUACUUGGGAAUGUGGUGCUGGUUCGAGGUGGUGGGUGUUUCCUCCUAACACGCAAUCAAAAGACUGAUAACAAACAGUGUUCCACUUGGCAUUUCCUCCAUGCACAAAUUUGAUUCCACUUCACUCUUCCAGAAGACUUCUAUCUAUCCCAUUUCCGCCUUGAGAGUUCUAUAGUAUUUUUUGUCAGUCACUUCAACUGCUAGUCUCCCGAGAACGAUGGGCCAACACACCUACUUGUCGUCUGUGUGCAUAUGAAGAGCAACUUCUCUCCAGGUUCCUUAAGGAGGGGACGGUUGGAUGUCGAGGCCAUGGGAAGGGGUUUGGCUUUGGGUAUCCCGAUUUUCACUCAACACAGAACAGCAGCCUCAAUAACGCCAAAUGGCAUGUGAGAGCAGAGGGCUGAAGCACUUACCUUGACAACACUUAAGAAAUCCACAUUGGAAAAAGCAGAGAUCAAGAGAUGAGGUUUGAGGUGAUCUGCCAACCUGAAUGCUCGUGGCAAAGACAUCUUUCAAUAAUACAGUUCACAAGUAUCUAGUGCAGAACACUACGCCCACAAGGAGAACUAUACUGUAAACUGGUAGGUGGAUAGAGCUCAAGUUCAGAUGCUAACACUGACCUUAUAGCACUUCACCCUGGCAUUGCCUUAAUGUACUUAGACCACGCAGCAUGACAAUUAUAAGAGGGAAAUGCUGAAUGCAAGGGGUGCAGCAUUAAUAUCAUAGCAUGACUCCUUCAUUGUUUGGAUGUACAUCUGAGCAAACCAGAGAUGAUGCACGAGUAUUGUAUGACUUAGAAAACAUGCUAUUUUCUAUUCAAAAGCUACUUGAUGAGGGCCCCUCCACCAUCUUCAAAAUCAUCUGUGUGAUGUUGCAUUUUGCCCCUAAGGCCUCAAAGUGCUAUUGCCAAUAUGCCUUUCCUUUGGUAAGUCCACCUACAGUAAGAUUAUUUUAUUUUUUCUCCAUGGAAGAGGGGAACAUCAAAAGUUUACUUGUCUUUGUUUAAAUAAAGAUGGAAAAAAAAGUCUCAACAAAUGUAUUGAACAGUAACAUGUAAUGGAAGCUUGUUGAAUGUUUUUCUGAUAUUUUUGUAAAGAAUUCCUCUUUUGGCACGUGGUGUGUAUCUGGCUCAUAUUUCAGGUGGAGAGAUGGUGUGCUUUGAGUGCUCUGCUUUAUCCAAGAAGCUUCUGAAAAGCACAUUUUAUACAUAUAUAAAUAUUAAUAUACACAAUAUAUAUUUUACAUGACAUACAGUGCACAUUGUAUUAUUUAUACUGCCUUGUCCACUUUGUAUUUAAAGGCGCUUCAUCCAGAAUGCAUGUUUGAUAUUGCUACAAUAAAGAAAUGUAUGUGCCUUCUGGUUUAGGUCA